CCUGAAGGUGAACCAACGCUACAGGAAGAGCAGCAGAGCAGAUUCCUGGCCGUCACAGCAGAGUAGAAUGGAAAAAACUAAUGGCAGCAGCAAUGGUGGAUAUGAGCCUCACCCUCCUCCAUACAACCCUCAUGACCAUGGAGAGAGUUCUUACACAGGGGUGAGCUAUCAGGUGGGGAAAGGCAAUGUUGCAGUGGUCUCGCCCCCUGGCACCUAUAGCAACAUGGUGAAUCCCGAGGGAGCGGCAGCGGCCAGAGAAAACCAGCAGUAUGGUGAGGCUCCACCUGUCUGCUCUUAUGGCUCAGAGGAUAGCGGCUUCAGUGACGCUGCCAUAAGAAGAGGUUUCAUAAGGAAAGUCUACUUGACCUUGAUGAUUCAGCUGCUGGUGACUGUCGGGAUCAUCUGUGCUUUUCUUUUCUGGGACACUCUCAGGGAAUGGGCAUGGGACAACAACUGGUUCUCCUACUGCAUGAUGGCAGCGGUGAUGGUGCUCAUCGUGGCCUUGUCCUGCUGUGACAACCUCCGUCGUCAAGUUCCCCUCAAUUUCAUCGCCCUGGGCCUGUUUACUAUCGCAGAGGGCCUGAUGCUUGGAUCUGUGGCAGCGAACUUUGAUGCCGAGGCAGUUCUGUGGGCUGUGGGGGCAACAGCGGUGGUGUCCUUUGCCUUGAGUCUGUUUGCUAUGCAGUCGAAGUGGGACUUCACUGCAGCAAAUGGGAGCCUGUGGGUGUUUGCCUGGACCCUCGUUUCAUUUGCAUUACUUUGUGCAAUCCUCCGAUCUCAGUAUCUUAACAUCAUGUACGCCUGCCUGGGAACCUUGCUGUUUUCCUUAUACUUGGUGUUUGAUACACAGCUUAUCCUGGGUGGGAAACACAGGAAGUAUGAAGUGUCUCCUGAGGAGUAUGUGUUUGCUGCUCUGAACCUCUAUUUGGACAUUGUCUCUCUGUUCCUGCUCCUGCUCCAGCUCAUCGGCCUCUGCCGCUGACACCACACCUCCAUGACAGACAUCACAAAAGCCGCACUGAAAGACUCCUACUCCAUUUAAAUAUCCAACUGUACAACAAAAGUUCGACAUGUAUCUAGACUCGUACUGAAUUAAGAUUGACAACCCAAUUGAGGCUCACAACACGUGCACUCAUAUUUAAGUAUGAAAGGAUAGCUAUGAUGUAUUCAAGUUAAAGUUCUUUGCUUAAUAUUCAUUUCUAUUAAAUUUAACUUAACUAUUGUUUUUAGAGUUCUGUAACAAGAAAGUGAAAUUUACAGCAGAUUUACAGUAACUAAACAGUCACUUAACAAGUAAUUUACAGUAUUCAACCACUCUGAUCUGUGCUGCAGUUUACAAAAUAUAGAAAAAGUCUUGCUAAACUUAUGAUCACUGUUGAGAGAAUCAAUUUAAAUGAAGCUUAAACUCCAUUAAAGAACAGAAUCUGUUAGCUUUAGCACUCCCAUAAAACCAGCUGGUUGCUCUGUGACAUGUUUGUUCAGAAUGUAGGUGUCUAAAUGACCAAUAAAAUUCAACAGCACCUGUCUCGGCUGUAUGAAUAAAAAAAACCACAAAUUAAAACUCAACACAUAGUUUAUUGGCAUCACACAUCAAACAUUUUUUAUAUAAAGAGGGAAUGUAUCAAGUAUAGACUAUGAAAGUGCAAAUAGCAUUUCAAGGAUUAGUUGCUUUACAAUAGAAAAUCUCCAUGUGUUACAAAAUGUUAUAUGCCAUUUUAAAAUAAAUCACCUGGACAUUAGAGGUGAAAUACAAAGGAAGUACAAAUUCCAUUUAGACUUGUACCCACUUCAUGCACAGCAUACUGUUACACAAAAAGGGCAACUCAUGUUAUCUGCUGUUUAACCCACUUACAUUAACCAAGUUAGCCCCACUAAUCACAUGGCACUCAGUUUCACAACUUCAAGACACUUGUCAAAGCAAUCACUACUUUUAGAUUUAAUGUGGCUCUAUACAUCUGUUGGAUAAGAAAGGUCAUUUACUUCAGUCAGACAUUAGUCUGUGCAAAAACACCAUUAGGUCUUAAAUGUAAAACACUGACGUGCUCAUUACGUAUUGGUUAUUCACAAUCCAUUUUUCUUUAUGGAUCAAUUUCACUUGAAAUAAAUACCUACUUUAUAUUGCAACUUUACUCCAUUUUAGUGUCUUCAGGUAAAAUAUAGAUACACAUACAGUAGGUCAACUCAUUCCAAAGUCAAUACAGUAAUUUUUAUUUUUUAAACCACAGAAAAACCAACUGUUUCCAAAUGUGGGGCAAGAAGCCCUACUGCACAAAAAGCAGGAGAAAUUAAACCUUUUUUCAAAAUAUUUGGGAACAAGAUUUGAAAGUAUGACAUUACCCAUUAUACCAAAUCAUAUAAAGUUAGUGUUAUCCAUAAACAUAAUACUAUUAGAACCAACAAAAAGCCUCAUGCUACAAAUAUUUUGAUGAAAAAAAAUCAAGAGCUCAUGUCUGCACACUACAAAGUUUAUGUUAGAGAAAUAACUUUAAGGUAACAGGUGUUUGUUUUGUUUACACUGUACUGUGUAAUUAGCACUCAGAAAAAAUAUGUGAAAAAAGGAUUAAAUAACGGUGAUUGACAUAAAGGCACUGUAUCUCUAACUGUGUAGAGAACCGUUUCAAAAACAUGGACUCUCCAUGUGUUUGAGAUGCAAUACACAUUCACAUUUUCUCCAUGCAUUACCCUGCAGUCCGGGACAUAUGCAGAGCUCUAAGAAGGCUUUGCUCAUGUUACACUUAAAUAAAGACCCAGAGAUUCAUUA